UAGUUAAUCUUGCACUCUUAACUUCUGUGGAAUCUCAACUGAAAUAUUAUUAAAAUACUGUGCAAAUAAUUAAUAAAAAUGCAAAAAUCUUAUAAAAAAUAAAGAAAACAAAUACUAAAUAUUGUUAUUUAAUUGAAAUAGUGUCAAACAAACGUUUGGAGGAGGCUGAAAAAUGAUGCAGAAAGAUAGCGUCAUCAGCACUCCAUCCACACCAAAUUCUUCCCUAUCAUCGCAAACGAAUCUGUAUGGUAGCCCGAAUACACCCUCGCCCGCCACACCUACCCAACAGACAAGUACACCUUUGGGUACCGUCACACCAUCUAAUCAAAGUGGCACGGGCUCAUCGGGACAUAAGAACAGCCUAAAGGGUACAAAGUUGGCGAGGAGAGCAAGAUCAUUUAAAGACGACUUGUUUGAGAAGAUAUCCCUAAUGCGUACGCCCACCAAUACCCUGGGGAGAUCGCACUCCCCUCAAAGUCCCAGACAUAAAAAAGCACCACCUACAGCCGAAGAAGUAGCCAAAUCAUCACAGUCUUUAGAUGUUCAUGUUAAGGACAUAUCAAAUGCAUUGAAACAUUUUCGUGAUGUUAUAUCAAAGAAAAAGUUGGAAGUAUUGCCAGGAAAUGGAACGGUUAUAUUGGAAACUACGGCUAGCAUGUUUUCGGUUAUCCAAGCGUACACGUUAAAUGAAAAUAGUGCAAUCUUAGUAUCGGCCACCCAACAAGUCUAUCGAUGUUUAGGUAAACUUAUAAAACUUUGUGAUGAAGUAAUGCUUAGCGAAGAGUCCGAGCAAUGCUCCUCAUUAAGUGAUGACAAUGUACGAGAAAUAGUCGAUUUAUUAGAGGAUGCCGUACGGAAUCUCGCCAUACUGGCUCAACAGAAACUAAAAGAACGUGAAGAAUUGGCGUUUCAAUACGAUACAACGUCAACCGAUUCUCAAAUAUCAACAUCAUCGGGAGGUUCAAAUAACUCACAUAAUUUGUUAAUGCGUCCAUCUGUGGAAGUUGCUGGACAACGUACAUCCCUGCCGGAUAUAACAUUGACACCAAGAGAAAGAGAUACUCUUGAAAAAACAACAUCCAAUCCAAUACGUUCUCACAGUACCGAAAGUAUUUUGCGAGAUACAAGUCCCCCACCAAAACCACCAUUGCCUAAUAGAUCACAUAAUCCUCCACCCUUACCACCAAAGAGAGUCAGUCAAACAAAUCAACAAUCAAUUUAUGAUACCAGCAUUAAUACCGAUUUGGAUCCAAUAGGUGUUGAUCAUCUAUCGGUACGUUCUCGUUCGCCGGAUGAAAAUUCUAGUCAAUGCUCUUUUGAUCAUUCCCGUGAAGAGGAAAUAUGUCAAAGAUUUAAUAUGGCAUAUGAUAAAAACAACACUGAAGCUGUUGGUGGUGGUUUAAAUAAGUUAAACGAACAGUUAAGUGAAAGACAUAUAACCAAAGCAAAAGGUGGAUCCACUGCGAAUGCAAAUAUAGCGGCAACAGGCGAUAUAAACGAUGAGGAUUUGAGUAAAACGGAAUUGCGUAAAGUGAACAAUCAUCGGCACUCAAAUGAAUCGGGUUUUGUUUCCAUUAAUUCUUUUCGCACGUCAACACAAAGCUAUUCUAAAUCGUCCACCAAAUCUAGUAAUUCCUCAUCUGAGUUGGCCAUUAUGACUAGUAAUAAUAGUAUAAACGAUGAAUUCUUUCAAACCCAUCAUCUGACACAAGCGAUUAAGAAAACCUCCUCUGUUUGUAUAUCGAGCACCAGCAGCAUAUCGGAAUCAUCGGCUAUGCGCAUUAGCAAUGAUGAUGAACGCCGUAUUUCGUCGCCGGAUAAAUUCGAAGAUGAGAGAAAAAUGUUGGAACAAUUGCAAGCAAUGACCACCAAUGCCACUACAACAAAAAUGUUAAUACAAAGCAAUAGUUUGGAUAUAACAGAUGAGGGUUUAUUAAAUACCUGCGACUUGCAACCACCAGCUUUACCACCAAAAAUAUCAAAAUUAGGCAAAGAUCGUCAGUUAUCACAAAAUGAUUUGGAUAUGGAAAAUAUUAACGAAUUACCUGAAUUACGUCAACAUGCUGUGAGAACAUACCAGUGGCAAACUAGACACACUAGUCUUAUAGACUCGCGACGUUUGGAUAAACCAGCUGGCAGUUGUAAUGCCAUAAAUAUGACCAGCAGUGGUCAUAUUGAAGAACCUCCACCUUUGCCAAUGAAGAAAAAACACAUCUUGGCCUAUAUGGAAAUAUGUUCAGCCUCAACACAACAUCGCCACACAAUAUCGGAUUGCAAUUUAAACAGAAACAUAAAACACAGUCAAACAAUGAAUAUUGCUACAUUUGCCAAAGAGGAGUUUGUUGGCGACGAUUUAUCAGAAACCCCACCUGCUUUACCACCGAAAAACAACAAGCAAUUUAGAAACUCAACAUCACCUAUACCACCCACUAUUAUAACAACGCCACCGCCUAGUCCAAAACCGAGACAUUUAACUUCCGAUCACCGAAUACUAAUGGGUUCGGGGGCGGGCAAUGAAAUGAUGACCACCUUGUCGGAGGAGGUGGGUGAUCAAUAUGAUGAUGAGAGUGGUGUUAAUAUUUUACAUUCACAUGAACUACAAAAUGUUUACGAUACGUCCAUGCAGCAAAGAGGUACAAAUUCUUCGUCACCAUCGCCUUGCGAUAAAAUGGGACCGAACGGCGACUAUACAUCAAGUGAAAUGGAAGAAAUGGUCAAUUACAGCAACUACAAUAGAAAGAGUCCUAUGUGUACCGAAGAAAUCAAUCAUCUGCCUAAUAUUUUGGAAGAGGUUGAUAUAACCCCUUAUUUAGUAUUCAAUAACGACAAUGAGGAUGGUCCUGAGAUAAAAGGAGGCCACAUAGAUGCUUUAAUUGUUCAUGCGAGUCGUGUUCAAAAAGAUAAAGCUUUUAGUGAAGCAUUUAUAACAACGUUCCGGACUUUUAUACAACCCAUCGAUUUAAUUGAAAAGUUAACCCAUCGUUAUACAGUCUUCUUUUGCCAAUCAAAUGAUCAAAAACAAAAAGCGGCAAAGGAAACAUUUUCGCUAUUAGUCCGAGUUGUGAAUGAUUUAACCUGCACCGAUUUAACUUGCACAAAUCUACUGAAUUUAUUAGUGGAUUUUGUGUAUGAACUUGUAUGUGCCGGCCAAUUAUAUUUGGCCAAACUGCUGCGUAAACAAAUUGUAGAAAAGGUUAAUUUGUAUAAAGACUCACGUUUGCCUGCCUAUCCCACCAAUCCAAUGUUUUUCACGGUUACCAUUCAGCCCAGUUUACUGGAUUUUAAGGCCUUGGAAAUUGCCAAACAAAUGACUCUACUGGAUGCUGAACUAUUUCAGAAAAUUGAAAUACCUGAAGUUUUAAUAUUUGCCAAAGAUCAAUGUGAAGAGAAAUCACCAAAUUUAAAUAAAUUCACUGAACACUUUAAUAAAAUGUCCUAUUGGGCACGUUCGAAAAUACUGAUGUUAACCUGUGCCAAAGAACGCGAGAAAUAUGUAGAGAAAUUUAUUAAGAUAAUGACACAUUUGAAGAAAAUUCAUAAUUAUAAUUCAUAUUUGGCCUUAUUGUCUGCUUUGGAUUCGUCGCCCAUUAGAAGACUUGAAUGGAAUAAAUCGAUUAAAGAAAAUAUACAAAACAAUUGUAAUAUAAUUGACUCCAGUUCCAGUUUUCGUAACUACCGUCAAGCACUGGCAGAUACAUCACCUCCCUGCAUACCCUACAUUGGCCUUGUUUUACAAGAUCUAACGUUUGUUCAUGUUGGUAAUCCUGACUAUUUAAAAGACGGCGUUAUUAACUUUUCCAAACGUUGGCACCAAUACAAUAUUAUUGUAAAUAUGAAACGUUUCAAAAAAGGCUCUUAUACAUAUCGACGCAACGAACGUAUUAUAAGAUUCUUUGAAAAUUUUGAAAACUUCUUAGGUGAAGAAGAAAUGUGGCAAAUUUCGAAAACCAUUAAGCCUUAAGGCAAAUAAUGUACCAUAGUGCAUAAUUAAACUCUACACAACCCAACAUGCGUUAAUAUUUAAGAGAAACAAAAAACUAACAAAUAUGUAAUAAUAACAACAAAAAACAGGAAAUGUCAAUCUCUAAACUAUACACAAAACUAAAAAACAAAAUAUUGAGAAAAUUUUCCAAAAAAAAAGUAACACAAACACACACAAAAAUCUAUGAUAAAAAAAUCUAAUUUUACUUGCACAACGAAUGAUGAACGAUGUUAAAACUCACACACCCACACACUCACACACAAAAUGGUUUUAUUGAAGUGUUUGGUAUUUCCUUUUGCAUGCUUAAAAUAAAAAUGACUUUUAAUUUUAAAAAUAAUUCAAUAUUUUUUUACCCUUUAGCUGUAACAUUGUAUGUUGUUUUAAGAAAAGCUAAAUUAUUUAUUUCUAACAAAUUGGAAGGUUACUGCUUAAUUAUAUGCGGCAAUUAAAAAAAAAUAUUAUAUAGUUUUCUUAAGAGUUAUACAUUUUGUUAGUAAGUAACCCUCUGUAUUAAGGUGUUAUUAUGUAAUUCGAUUCAAAUGAAGAUUUUCUUUUUGUAUCGAAUUAUGUACUAAGCCUGUGGUCUAAGUCUUAAACUGAUUUUAUUUCUUAUUGAAUAAUAUUAUAAAUAAGUGUAAAUUAUACUUCUUUAAUUAUAAGAUUUUACAAAUAACUUUUUUUUUCCAAAAAAAUUUACUCUUUCAAAACUAUUUUCGUUUUGAAUUUAAUUAUAUUUAAAUAAUUUUUUAAUAUUUUCUAGAUUUUGUAUAAUUUAAAUAAAUUUUGCAAAGAAAAUUUUGCAAUUGUUUUUUUUUUCAUUAACACAAAAGGUAUCAAUAUAUAAUUAGCUAUAUAUAUUUUUAUAGUGCGUUUCCUGUAUGAUUGAAACAAGUUGUUUGGAGCAAAUCAUGAUGAAUAACUCAAUUUAAAAACAAAGUUGGCUAGCGUUUACGUUAAGCAAAUGAUAUCCCUAAAAUACCCAUUCCGCUCGACUAAUGUAAGUCAGGCCGAAAUUAGCGUUAUAAUCCAGAUUGAAUGAAAGAAUUUUUAAAAUCUAGUUGUCUUACUUUAAAUAAGAGAUAUAGAAGCAAAGUCUGCAAUCUCCAAUUAUGUCGUAAACUUAUCUAAUUUUGCCAUCUAAUUACAUUUAAUGAAUGAUUGUGAUCAGUCAAUAUGCCAAUACAAAAAUACGCCUUUAACCAAUAUAAAUCAAUGGAAAAAAUCUACCAAUUGAAGUAAAGACUACAAUGUCCAUUGGAUUACUGUAUGCUCUGGAAUUUAAAAUUAUUGUAAUUCUUUUCUAAGUGUUUUAAAAACCGUUUUAUUUUCAUUUUCAAAUGGGCUCAUGUUUUUUUAUAUUUUUUUAUUUUAUAAUUAAAUAUCUUUAAUCUAAACUAAAAUUUAUUUUCUAUUAGAGCACAUCAAACUAUUCCAAACGAAGAAAUAUCCAUUUGGUUAAAGCAAACAUAGAAAUUUCUAAAUUUCGUAUCAUAAUUGUGAAUUUGAUUCAAAAUUGCCUCAUAUAUUCAUCUCAUUCUAUUAUACUGAGUAACAAAACAUUUAAUAUAAUAAUUUGAAUUAAUACCUUUAGAGGAAAAGGUUUUUGUCAUUUACAUCAGGAACUGAAAAAGUCUAUAUUGCAGCCUUUGCUUCUAAACACCUCAAAUGAUGUAUGUAGUCAGAAGCAAAAAAAAACAGAUAUUUUGAUUUGUAAAGUUAUGGUUAAUUACAUAUUACUGAACACAUUUUUAAAGCUCUUCCCAGUUCCCUCGCAUUACAUUUUUAGUUAAACGAUAGUAUAAAAGGUAACAUUAUAGGAAAUGUUAAAAAUUAAAAAUAAUUUAAAAAUUGCUCUUACUGCGAAGCUAUCCAAAUUAGACUUGUUACAUCUUAAAUUUGAAAUUUACCUUGAUAUUCUAAAAUAUCCAAAUUUGAAUCUCCAAAUGACAUACGUUUUUUUUUCGAAAUUCCCCUUAUGAGUUGGUAAGAAUCACAUAAUUAGAACAAAGUUUCAGAAAUUAUUUUUAAUGUAAAAUCAGGCCCUUAAAUUUUAAUUUUUGUUACGAUUUUAUCAUCGUCAUAAAGAUCAGAAUACGGCAGUUAAUAUACAAUUUUCGUGUAUUGUAUAUGAUUUUUGCAAACACAGUAUUUUCAAAUAAUGGCUAUGCUUUUGGUUUUCCAUUGAUGCUACAUAAUUUCUGGUAUCAACAUAAUUUGCAACAGAUCAAGCAGUUUGAAGUAUUUUGCUGAUGGGUAAAAUCUAUAGGAAAUCAAAAACAAAAUUUCAAGUUUUAUUGGAAGUCAUUUGGAAAUCAAACUAGUGACCCAAAAUAAGACUUUGUAUAAGUAAUUUCAUAAAGUAUUAGAACAAACAUUUUUCACGGGAAAUUAUAACCAAGACUUUACAAAUUGUUAUAUAUAAAAACUAUAUUAAUCGGUUAACCGAUUACUAUUGCUAAACAUUUAAUACAUUUGUGGUAUUCAAAUAGUCUGCUAUUAAGUCAUAUUGUCAUAAUGUCCUAAUAUAUUUUGAUAGUUUAAACGAAUUGUUCUAAACUAAUAAGACUUUUUGAACUAUGUUUAUUGUUUUGUCAUAAAAUAACACUUUUUUUGGAAGCACAACAACAAUCUGUUUAAACUAUAUUAAUAACUAUAUUAAUGACUUAAUAGCAGACCGUUUGAAUAUCCAAAUUAUUUCAAUAAUUAUAGAAAUAUUCUAAGGCUUUUUAACUAAUUUUUUUAAUAUUUAUUAGAAAAUCAGCCUUUAAAAUUCACACAAAUGUUUUCUAAAGGGUUGAAAAAUUAUUAUUAUUUUUUUUUAAUUUUAAUGGUCACAGCACUUUUUCUUAAAAAAGAAAAAAUAAAUACAAAAAACUAAAAAAAAAUAUUGUACAAAAGUUGCUUUUAAAUAUACCUACUACAUAUAAAUAGAAUAUUUAAAAAUAAGUUCAUUUGUGGUUUUAUUUUUAUUUUUAAUUUAAAAUCAUCCAACAUUCAAACCAAAAAUCAUUUGUCAUUUUGGCACAUUUGCAUGAUGAGCAUGUGUUUGUCCCAUGCACUUUUCUAAUGAACAAACUCCUCUAAUACUUUACUAUAUAUCUAUAUAUAUAAAAACAACAAUCUAUAGAUAUAUAUACAUUAGGUUGGCUCCAAAAAGAAAGUUGCGGAUGUUUCCAAAUAAAAUAAAAUUUGUAUUCAUUGUAAGAUACAUACUGUUUCUCAAAAUGUUUGUCUAUAAUGGCGUCAAUAUUUAGUAAGCUGGAUUCAAGAAUAAAAAGGUCCUCUUUUUAAGGUUUUUAUGAUAAUUUUUUCAUAAUUCUGGCAAAAAAAAAAUGUUGAGAAAUGGUCUCCUAAAAUAAAAUAAACUUUCAUUUUAAUUGGGAACAUCGACACUUUAAAAACGGGGCCUCUCUAAUAUACAUACAUAAAUCAUUCACCUUAUACACUCACACACACAAGGAAUCAAGACUGUCUUUAUUAGAUGUAAAUAUAAAUAUAUACUUUUAUAAGUGCAUAUAUAAAUCUUUAUUUCUUCUUUAAUUGGGCAAAAUUUAUAAUUUAAUAUUCCUGGAAAAAACUUACUCCUCCUCAAUUUUAUUUGAACUUAAAUUUAUAGUUACUUGACUCCCAGCAAUUCAGGCUAGUUUACAGAUUUCGAACAUACAUAAAUACUUCUAUAUAAAAUAAAAAAAAAUCUGAAUAAAAUUCUGAGUUAAGUCUGUGUUAUAUUGUGUUUGUAAGGUAAACUAGUAAACUUUUCUGAGCUUAUGUUUUUCAAAAGAUUUAAAUAUUUUAUUGUUUUAUCCUUUUUCAAAUUGUUUUAGCACAAAUUUUAUAUAAAAUCCAGUCAUGCCAUCAGGGUUAAAUGUUGAACAAUUAGUUUAAAGAUUUGGAAAAUAAGUCAAAGAUAUCUGACAGUCUGCUUGAUGCCAACAACAAUCAAUGAGUCAUCAAGCAUAUCGGAACGUAGUAUAUUUCAAAGCAAGUUUUAGUCGUCAGAUAUACAGUGGUUGACAAUACAAUGGAAACUUUUCCAUAGAUUGAAUUUAUAAUUUGAAAUCGCAAAAAAAUUGUAAGUAAUUUGGAUAUUUUUUAAUUAAUUCAAUUCUGAAAAUAGUAACCAACUAAAAAGUAGUUAUUAUAUAAUGGUGUUGUUAAAACAAUGGAAUCAGUGUGACCACACGAAAAUAUUAUCAAACUUAUCGAGGAAGUUGAGACAUAAUCUUGCUAAAGAUAUUUUAUGACAACAGGUCGUAGAUGCUAUCUAGGUAAAUUUAAAAGAUUGCAAAGGAAAAUGGGCAAAUCUCCGCACCUCUUUCAAUUGCAAUUUGGAAUAAUUCAGAAGAAAAAAGUCAGGCCAAGGCAGUGUGAAUAAUUUCAAAUUGUUUGUUUCAAAUGAUUUGACAGUUCUGUCAAUGUCUGUUAGACAUUUGGCAAUUUUUGCCAAACAACAAUCUGACAACCGUGUGAACUGACAAUCUUUGUUGGCAGAUGAAUUUAUUGUCUGACAAUCGUCUGAACUGACAAUUUACCAUUUGAUACAAAUUUGUCAUUGUCAGUACAUUGCCAGCACAUUUCCAGAUAUAAUAACAUUGUAAGAUCUGACAACCGUCUACACAUAGCUUUAUUUGUGUAUUUGGGUUCCAGUACUCCCAUCACUUCCUCUUAAAUUGUAUUUGGUUGCAUUCGAAAAGAGAUCAGUGUUUCAUUUCUGUCUCAAGCGGUUAAAAUUUUUUAGAAAUAAGAGUGUUUUUCGCAGGGAGAAAGCAACCAUGACCAACCAGCAUCAAUUUUAAAUUAUUAAUAAACUCUCGAGCAGUAAAUUUUUGGGAAUUUCUUAAAAACUUACCUGCCACACAAAAUUUAUUUUUAAAUUUUUGAAACUGCUUACAUAUUUAUGUAUUAUUUUUGCUUCAAAAUAGCAUUAUUUUUUUUUUGCCAUUUUUGUUUUUAAACAAACUGUAACCCCCAGAGUGAUAGUCCAGCACACUAUCGUUUAGUCUAUCGGGAACAAUCUAUAUAUGUAUAGUUUUUACAAAUUGGCAUGUUUUUGAAAACUGAAAUUACGAAAUAUAUGUAAUUUUCAAAAAUGUUUUCAUUGUUUUGUCACUCGCUGUAUUUUAACGUCUUUUGAGGUUGUUUGUGAUUAGCAGCAGUGAUCUAAAAGUAAUGUUCAACUUAUUUCAAAUCACUAAUCUGUCAAAUCAGUUGUUACAGAUACGAUUUUCAAGAAUAUUCAUAAUUUCUACCGGCAUAUUGUAUACAAAUAUAAACAUAAUAUGUGUAUAGUUGGUAAAGCCAGAUUCUGUUUAAACAUUAACCCUUAAUCCUUUAAACUUUACUAUUUUUUUCAAUUUUAUAAAAAACUUAAGAAUCUAAAGUAUGUACACAUAAAUUAUUAAAAUCAUACAAGUUUAAGAAUAUAUUUUAAAUAUUGUUCUUAUUAUUAUUUAACAAUUUAUUAUUGUUUAUCUUAAAAUUAAAAAAAAAAAAAAUACAUUAACUACACUUUACAUAUAUACAUAGUUAUGUAUAUUUACAUUACAUUAUAUACAUACAUAUAUUUAUAUUAAUUUAUUUUAUAUAGUAACAUUUCAAACAACAACUACAAAAAAAAUGUGUUUAUUUUUAUACUCAAUCAUUAAAACAACAAAAUGAUACUAACUAAAUUUAUAAAUAAAUAAAUAAGUCAUUGUAAUUCAAUAUCUAUUUGCAAUCAAAUCAAUCAUAUAUUUAAAUAUACAUACAUACAUACAUUAAUGUAUAGUUCAUUUCAUGAAAUCACUUUCAAAACUAUACCUCUGGCCCUGGUUCUACAAAUUGUUCUGGUAUUUGACAUACACACACUCUAAGAAACCGACAAUUUUAUAUUUACUUAUAUUCUUACUUCUACUUUAAUUCUAUGGUUAUAGUAUCCUAAAUUUAGUGGCCAUAUCUAAACCGAUUUUACUGAUUCCAAAUCUGGCUCGCUUAGAGUAUGUGUGCGAGCAAAUUGCAUAUUUUUCAUGAAUUGUACAUUAUUAUACAAUUUUCAUCAUUUAUUAUUGUUUUCCAUUUCCGUUGUGUAUUUUUUGUGUGCAAUUUUGUUUUUGUAACUGAUAUUAGUAUGUAGAUUUUGAAAAUUAUAUUUAUUAUUUUUGUUUUUAACAAUCUUACAUUAUAUUUGCAAUAUUUAUAUGCAUACUUAUACUGAAACAAACAAUUUAAAAAAAACAACUCCAUAAUAAAACAAGAAAUUAUUAAUUACAUAAAUAUAUAUAUUAAAAAAGAAAAACAAAAUGAAAGUGUUUAGUAGUAUAUACAUAUAUAUUUUUUGAAAUACUAAAUUUUAUUUAUGUUUAAUAAUUUUUUUAUUUACUACUAUUAAAUAUUAAAAAAAAUAAAACUAAAAACAAUAUACAAACAUACAUACAUUUAACAUAGUAAUAUUACUGUAUUAAGAAAUUAAUGAUAUAUUAGAACAAAUUUACUAAUAUUUCAGCAAAUAAAUAAAUAUAUAUGAGAAAAAAACAAAUAAAUUAAUAAUAGAUGAGAUCAAACCAACAAGAAUUAAAAAAAUAAAACAACAAAUUUAAUUGAAUGUACACAAAAACUAUACUAAA